AUGCUAUUCCAUGGUGAGGGUCGCCUGAGCUUAGUCAAAGGACCCCUCAUUGGAGCUGUAGCUAUAUCUCAAGCUCAGGACCCAUCUCGUUUCUCUCCUCUUGUCAUCGGAGUCUUCAAUCUCAAGACUACAGCACAACUACAGACACUCAUCUCGAAGUACAAGCUUAACAUGCCUUCCAACAACUCAUCCACCUCGAGCUCUGGCUCCAACUCCACUUCCAACGGCAGCGGUUCUUCGUACGAGGGCAACCACUACUGCUCCCGCGAUUACGGCUCCAGUGCUGCCAACGACAACUCUUACCACUACUCCAACCCCGACGGCUCGUACUACUACAGCAACCCCAAUGGCUCGACCUACUACAACUCUGGCUCUGGCUACUCCGACUACACUCCUCCAGGAGGCAAGUAG